GUUGGUCCAACUCCUACGUGACACGGCCGAGAGGGUCCCAUGCUGCCAUGUGCCGUGCCGGACCGAUGCGCUCGACAUCGCGACAGAAAUGGUGGUCGUCGAGGAGGUCAAUUGGAUAACCAAGGGUACCUGGGCCAGGGAAGUCAAGGUAACCAAGGGAACCAGGGAAGCGGAAGGGCUCGUUUUGAUCGGAGAACCGCCAUAUGCCAACACUGUGACAAGCAAGGUCACAGUAUACGGUUCUGCAAUGCAAGGCGGGAAGAGGAAAGAGUGGGACUGAUGUACUCCAAUAUGGACGGUGACAUUUACGAUCAGUUCGGGGAGUAUAUUGAUAGGAUGGUCCCUGGCGGAGUGAGAGCGGAGGCCCAAAGUAGAGUAACCGCACGACAAGCGCUGCCUGCCACGUUCAGGUUAUGGCAAGAGAAAGAGGACCCACCAAUUAGAGUGGAAGAGGUGGGAAGUAAUGAGGAAGUGACCCAAAGGCUGCGGGCAGGGGAUAUAAGGGAGGAGCCCAUGGAUUCAGAGGACGAGAAUGAAGAGGAGAAAAUAGAGCCCCCAUUAGUCCUGCUGGGGAAGAUGGAAGACCUGUUGGACAAAGUGGGGAGAUACCAACAGAAGUUGGUGGACCUCUGUGAAGGAGUGAAGGAAUGGAGGGCCAGCAUCCCCAAGGUCUUCCUCUACGAUUUCGACCCAAAAUCCAUGCCAGGACGACCUGAGGUGACCACCGUGGGAUCAGGCCCGCGGUCAGGGAUGAUGACUAGACCUCCUACGCCGCAGGAAGGCCGGCGCAGGCUGCUCGUACCCGAGUUGGAGCGGAUUCCUGGGAAUAAGAACAGGGCAGACGGGCUGAGCCGUAUCAACUGGGAUAAGCAAGAGGAGGAGGCGGUAGAGAACACGCCCCCAGUUGAUGGCUUCCUGGAUCAGGAAGAGGACAUCCGUCUUCACAUCAAUGAGUUGUCCCCGCGAGUACCUAGCUGCGUUGGCCAUCCUAGUUGGCGUGCGCCAAGCAAGUAUGAACGGAAGGUAGAGCUGAUACUCAAGCCUUUCGAAGAGGAAGAUCCAUGGGGAAGCAGAGAUGUCCAAUGGAUGAUGAAGUUGGCGCUGACAGGCACGCAUAGUCUGGUAAAGGAAGUGAGAACGAUAGAGGAAGGACCAUAUCGGGUGGAGAAGCACGAUGAUUUGAUGGGGGGAAUGUAUCUUCCCGUCAUUGAGUCGUCUAACUUUACGAAGACAGGCAUGCCAAGAGGAGGGAAGGGGAUGCGGCCGCCACGGAGGCCGUUGGGAGCAUCAGGAGGGUACGAGCGGCAUGGGUCUCACCACCAAGAGAGUACGCCGGUGUACGACGAUGGGGAUAUUGAGUUGUUCCUGGACGAGUUCUGGGGGUAUACAGAUCAUAUGAGUUGGACUGUGACCCAGGCGAUCGGGAGGCUGAGAGGAGCCGACAGGUUCGUGGAGCCCAUUGCACAGAUUCGUAGGGAGGCGAGGACGAGGCCGGAGGUAGAAGCGAGGAUGCAGGAGCUAUGACCAUCACCUGUAGGACCUGACGGCAGACCGAUCCGCCUGGAGAUCGGGAAUGCAGAGGAGUUCAUUCCCGCCUACGAGCAGUUCACGCAUGGCCAGGGUAUAUUGAGGGAUGAAUGAGCGAGAACGUUACCCCUGUGGACCAGAAAAGCGGAGAGGCCAUUGGCCAGGCAGAUCAGGGAUAUGGCCCGAGAUUGGGAGAGCUGCAGGGCGCACUUGAGAGAGGCAUUUCGACGGACAGAGCGGCCUCAGUCCAGAGUAGAGUGACGCAAGUCACCUAUGCAAAACACCGA